AUCAACAGAGAAAGUUGCAAGCCUGCGACAGUUAGCUGUUGGAGAUAAAAUGACAAUGCUUGUUCAUUUCACUUGUUGUCUUUAGCAUGAAGGCAAUCGCUACAGAACUGCAAGAUAAGAAUCAUGAAUGAGUUUAGUGAUUUUUGUAGAGCUUGGAAACUUGAAUUUCCAGGAGAAGAUUUGCCUACUGUUUGGGAAGAAGAUACUCGGGCAAAUCUUCUUAGGCAUAAGAAAAACCUCGAGUAUUUGAAGUCAGAAGUCCGCAAAGAAGAAUUCUACGUCAAAUUUCUUGAAGGAAUACUUUCUAACGCCGGAAACAGAAAACAGCAAGUAUUACCUAAUCUUUCUGAAACUCUGACUGGAAGCUUACUUACUUCACAGGCUUUAGCAACAGAAAAGCCACAUGCAGCAUCGUCAGAGUCUGAUUUUGUCACUGUUAUUUCCAUUAUCAACAAACUUGAAAAUUCUCAAGAACAAUCAAAACAGGUAGCAGAAAGACCAAAAGCACCUCCAAAGCCUUUGAAACACUAUUCAAGAAGUGUUUCAACCCCAUCUGAAAGUCCCUCUAAAGGUAAACCAGAAGAUUUGAUAGCUUGGACAAAGCAGCAAAUUCAGCAGUUACAAACAAAACCAACCCUUAAACAUGGAGCUUCAUCUGCUUCACCUCCACUUGUUACAACCAGAAGCAUAUCGGAAAUUACAGCUGACUUAGGUUCAAAACGCCGGAUAAGCUAUGAAAAUGUUAAAAAUCCAAGAGCAGAUUAUGAAAAUGUGUUGGGUAACUUUCCAAACAGGGAACCAGAAAAUGUACUGGGUAACUUUCCAAACAGGGAACCAGAAAAUGGAGAUUUGAAAAGACUCACACCAAUAACAGACAUGGAUUCUGAUCAAGGAGCAGUAUUACGAAAUGUUGCCUUCUUUGAAAGUUCAAAAACUAUUCUUCCUACAGUUUCCCCUUCCCAGCCAAAUGAAUUAUCUGAUGAAGAUGCCUUCUAUGACUCUGUCCCACAAGAAGAAAAUGUUAGCUACAUUGAUGCUGAAAAUUACAUUUAUCUCCUGGAUAAACCAGAUGAAAGUGAUGAACGAGAAAUGGAAACAGAGAGGAAUGGAACUUUAAAGUCCUUUAGCAGCACUAUAUCUGACGAUAGCAGUAGCACAGGAAGCCUCCGGCGUCGUUUGUACGCUAAUUUGUCUAACUUAGAUGAUUUGGAUUCAUCUCGACCUUUGACAGCUAAACAGCAGCUUGUUUUACAGAAUUUCUUUGAUAGUGAAGAAAACUAUGUAGGAGCCCUUAAUGUAGUCCUACAUUACAGCAAAGCCUUAACAGCUGCUUUAAGCAGUUCCCAACCUGUUUUAACUAAAGAAGAAAUUGCCUGCAUAUUCUUCCAUAUUCCUCAGCUACAUUUUCACCAUGCCGAAUUUCUACAAAACAUCAAAAGUAUAAAACUCGUUGAUUCCAACCUCAUUCAGGCUGUUCAGUUGCUUAAAAACUUUUCCGACAAUGUUCUUCCCGAGUACGCUAUAUUCUUGUCAAAUUUCAAAGAGGCGUUGGAAAUGACAAGAAAAGCAUGCCAACAUUCAACUCAGUUUGCUGAUUUGGUUCGUCGAAUAAAAUUGAGGUCCAGCAAUCAACAAAUGGUCAUUACUCUAGAUGACUUGUUACAUAAGCCAGUUGCUCGUAUUCAACGACAUGUUGCCGUUAUACAAGAUUUGCUUGAUGUGAGUGGGCCAGAUGAACCUGCAUAUGGAAUGCUACAAGAAGUUCAGCUGAUAACAAAGACUUUUCUUAGCGAAUUCAGCACAAAUCAACUUCAGUCAUUAUUUCCGGCCCAGACUGCCAGAAAUCAUCCGGUCACCCAAUCUAGCAGGCAUUUAGUUAAAAACGGUUUCUUAGUGGAGCUUCAGGCAGAUGGAAAAAGAAAACAACGGCACUGCUUCCUCUUUACUGACCUUAUAGUCUGUACCAAAUAUAAAGGAGCUGGAGCUAAUUUGGAAAUCAAAUGGUAUCUUCCAUUGGCCCAAAUUUCUGUUUCGAUGGAUGAUUCUGCUGCUAAAUUGAAUAUUUCCGCAUUAACAAACGUCGCGUCUUUAAGGUCUCAGGCAGCCGCUGCACGAACGCAAUUGGAGCGCUCCUCAACUGGAUCGGACAGGCAACGGAAGAAGUUGGCUUGUUUAGAGGCUAAAUUGCUUUUAGACUCGCCCAACCUUCCGUUAAAGUUUUCCUAUAAACCUAAAGGAGCAUGUAGCAAAUCAAGCCAAUCGUUCACUUUCUUGCUUUCUUCGGAGUUUGAACGGACAUUGUGGGUAGAGGCAACAGAAACCCUGAGGAGAAACAUUGAGCGGUUACCUGUUGUUUACCUACAACCAGAAGAGGUAGAAACCCACAUCAAAGCCUGCCGAACAGCGGUUGAGCCGCUUGUUGGACUUAUGAAGAGUUUAGCUGUACAAGCAAUCGGUGGAGAACUACAAGUGGUAGUACACUCCCUUCUUGGAUUGCCAAAGCAUUGCGAUGUUUACGUGGUAUUCGAAUUAGACUCGUAUGGGCAUUACUUUCAUAAAGCUCGGACCAGGAUGGCAGUUAAAAGCUUGGAACCUCGGUGGGAGGAAGAUUUUCAUAUUGAUCUGGAAGGAGCGCGAGGAAUGCGGAUUUUAUUGUACGAAGAAGAUGCAAAACAAACGCAUAUUUUACGUGGCAAAGCUGAACUUGAGCUCUCUGGUCCAUGGUUAAAAUCUUUGAAUGGCCCGCAGUACAUCCCACUAACUAACCAGUUUUCUACUCGAUUAUCUUCAGCAGAAGCUACAUCGGAUAGUGACCUAACCUUGUGUUUAAGUUUCCGUUACAUAUCCCAUGAUGUAACGUUACGCCGGCCGGCAUUGCGCGGUACGUCCUCCAACAUCUUUGGCGUUCCUAUUGAAGAGGUGUGUCAUCGGGAGAAACGAAGCAUACCACUCAUUAUCACCUGCUGUGUCCGUGAAGUUGAGCGUAGAGGGCUAGAAGAGCUGGGCAUAUACAGAGUGUCAGGCCUUGCUACCGACAUAGCUAAGCUACGCAAAACUUUUGAUACUCGUGGUCUGGAGUCAGAUGCUAUUCUGAAGGACGUUGAUAUUAAUUCCACGAGCGGUUUGCUGAAAUUAUAUUUACGCCAGCUACCAGAAGCGCUAUUCACCGACAGACUUUAUCCGCAUUUUCUUCAGGCAUUUAGCACACUAGACGUGGCAGCUUCCAUGAGUGGUGUUGAGGACAUUACAAGUGAUGGUGGCGCAAGAACGCUGACCAUACUCUUCUCCUCGUUACCUCAAUUGAACCAAACGGUCAUUUUGUAUUUGUUGGACCAUUUGGUUCGUGUCAACAGCAAAGAAGUGAAAAACAAGAUGUCUCUCCAUAAUCUAGCUACUGUCUUCGGCCCUACGUUGUUGCGACCAGCUCCUACUUCAGACGCUCCUGAUAGUCUUGAUCAAUUGGCGAUGGGAACAAUUGAUGUAAUGGCGCAAGCAGGAAUACUUCACUUUUUCCUACUUAGAAGAGCACGCCGCCUUCCAAUUCAGUUCCCGACUGCUUGAUGUACUUUACCGCAGCUACCCUACACACGUCCAUCUGGGAUCAAUUGUAAGGCACACGCCCGUUCAGUAAGAAACUAAUCUUAAUGAUUCUCACGUUAGAAACUAGAACAACAGGGACCAUUAUUCUUUUCAUUAAGUCAAAAAGAUGCAAUAUUUUAUCUUCUGUUGAUAUUGCCUAAGACAACGUCAAUGAGAUGUGUUACAUUUUAGAUCUUAAUCCAGAGCUGACCAUUUCUUAUACAAAACAUGUUGCCAUGAUAACAAAGUCGUAGUUUAAGAGUUUUAGAGUUACUUAAAUUUUGGUAUAAUUCAGAAGGCUAUAUUUUUGGUGCAUUUUGUUUGUAUGUUCGUAGAGUUGUGAUAUAGUAAUCGCGGUAUACUACAGCAAUUACAUGCAUAACCGCCUUCGUAAAACGGAUAAGUUUGAGACAAUGUUUGUUUUUUUUGGUUUUUUUUUUUCGUUUCGUAUGUCCUAGAUCAGUACAGUACAGUAAUAUGUAUACGUAAAA